UAAGUUGAACGAUUGAUAAAUGUUGGAGAGAGAUGCUUUACUCGGUUAUCGCCUAUUAAUGCAUACAUUUCUUGUAUCGGUUUGCGAUACUCUCCGUUUAUUACAGCACAGGCAGCAAACCCGUGGUAGCCAUGUUUUUACUUUGGGAAUAAUAAUUUUCUCAAGAUUAGCCACAAAUGAUCAACUAGGAAACAUACAGAUUUCAUGACACAUCUUAACACAUGACGAAUGACCAGCCAAAUUUCACAAUGUGACCCUUGACCUUUGACCCGUAUUCCAGAUGUGAACUGCAAAAGUUCAACCGUUGUCAUUCCAUUUAACUGUCAGAUUGUUGAUAGGGAGUCAGUCGCCAUGGAUAAGGGUGACAAGGACUCUCCGGGGUCUGGCAGGAACAUCUUCGAUAAUGCUGCCAAUAUGAUGGGUAUGUCCCCGUUUGGGUUGUCGUUUGGCGCUCAUUUGGCCCACAUGCCGCACAUGUCGAAUGCAUAUUCAUUGCUGCAGCACCAUCCAGCCUUCCCAGUAUCCUCUCUGUUCGGAGGACUAGCCGAAGGUGCAUAUGGUCACUUUCCCCCAUCCUUCAGCGCAGCAGAAGGUUCAAGUUCAAAAUCAUCGCCAUCAAAACAUUCACCAAAGUCAAAAUCAUCAUCACGAUCAUCCAAGUCAUCCCGAUCAUCCUCGUCCAAGACGACCGUAACCAAGGCCACGACCACCAUAGCAAACACCUCAACAGUAAGCACCAGCUCCAGCAGCCGUAGACCAACGCCCACAACUAUGGUCUCCGGGUCGACGGGUGUCAGUCUGUUAUCGGGAAAAUUCAAGAAAUCAUCCAAACAUUUGUCGUCCAAGACGUACACUACCUCUUUACUUGCACAGAGCACCUCACAGAAAAGUUCAGCCAAUGGCACGGUGUCCCAGUCAGCCUCAUCCUCACCGACGCCCUCGGCAACCUCAUCUUCAUCCGCAGCUGUAUCCCUAUCGCCUUCAACCAAACAUAAGGAUCUAUUAAAGACACUAGAAAAUGGUGCCGCAAUGUAUGAAAGUGACAACCCCUCCAAUGGGUCUCUGGCCAGUCCCUGUCUCAGCAGUGAUGAGGAGGAUAUCGCCGGAAAUGGGCGACUGGGAAUCGAUAAAGACGUGGAUUCCAAUGAUGAAGGGGGAAACAGUUCAAUUGAUGGUAGGAACACGGGUUCACCGAAUAUACACAUCGACGGUACCAAGAAGAGGCUUAUAGCAGACCAGAUCCGACAACGUGUCCAGAACAAGCCAAUUCAAAACAUUAAACCCUCAAUCAUGCAGCCAAUGAAAAGAGGGCGGGGCCGCCCUCCCAAACAUGAGCCGACGCCCACUCCACAGCAGAUGGAGGUCAUCAAGGAGUACAAGAAACAGCAGGAGUAUUUGAAGCGACAGCUGGAGGAGAAUCUGAAACAGCAGCAGCUCCAGUUGAAGAUGAUGAAGCGCACCCAGGCAGAAAAGGAGAAGGAAGCAUCAGCCAAGGUUCAGAAACUGCUGGAGGCCAGCGUGAAGCAGGCACGGGCAAACGCUGCUGCUGGAGGCCGAGAAAAGGAGGCUCGGCAUCGGUCUGCUAUCUCGCCACCCUCACAGCCUAAAGAGGUCAGUAGUAAAUCAACUGCAUCACCGGGUAAUUCAUCAGCAUCGCGAUUAGACGUAUCCGAUCUAGACGCUCAUCCUUCCACGUCCAAGGGCAGCCCAGUCAAGUCUAAACUCAUGUCCGAGGAGAGUUCGGGACUUUCUGAGGACAACGAUUCUGACUUGAUGAACGAGAGUUUUGAUGAGGACGACAGUGGCAUCAACGAAACCGACUCUGAUGGUGAACCACGGCUUAAGAUGGUCAUUGACUCGGAGGGCGAGGCCCAUGAGCUUGACUUGAGCAAGGGAGCGAAACGCAGUGCCGAGGACUCUUCAGACAAAAAUGAAACUCCGAUCAAACGUCCACGUGUCCAGAUGGAUGAGAAAGAGUUGAAAAUCCCCAUGGAUGCUGGCUGGCGUAGACAGACGACAAUCCUGGCCAUCGGCAAGCGUGGCUUCAUUGGCGAGGUUCUAUACUUCGCUCCGUGUGGCAAGAAGAUGAAAACUAUUCCAGAUGUGAUGCGUUAUGUAGAUCGCCAUUCAAUCACGGGAAUGGGGCGUGAGAAUUUCUCCUUCAACACCAAAGUCAAUGUUGGAGACUUCUACGAGACCCGCCAUGGUCACAAUGGGGUUGUGAAGCUGACAAAUGAGGAAGUGGUGGAGAGGAUGGCAUUAGUCGAGAGUAAACGUCAGAAAAUGUUACGGUACAAACAGCAACGUGGCCGCAAGCGCAUGGAGAAACAGAACAAACAGCUACAGCUGGCCAAACAAAUGAUGGACCAGAAACUGAAACGCAAGAUGGACCAACAAGUAGAGAUGUCCAGGCGAGCUUCAGAUUACAAGGUGCAGAAGAAGGUCGAAAAAGAUCGCCAAAGAGAAAUGGCAAGCAAAGUCAAACAUAUCAAAGCCAUAGAACAGAAGAAACAGAAAGAACAGCUGAAUAUGAUGCGGGAACAGGAGAAAAUGCAGCGACACGAACAGAUGAGGAUGGAGCGGGAAAUGAGAGCACAACAGAUUCUCGAGUCCAACCUUCUCUGGUAUCAUAUGGAGAGAGAGAGAGAAAUGAAAAGACAACAGUCUGUAAUGAUGAAAGAACAGGAGCGAGAGAGGAAGAGGCAGCACAUCCUACUGGUCAAGGCUAUGGAAGCCCAGAAGAAACAGGCAGAGAGGGAUCGUCUGAAAGAAGAGAAGGUUGUAGAGAAACGUAUGGUCAGGGAGCGCAAGAUGGAACAAAAGCGUUGGGAACUCACGAUGGCACGGGAGCUGAAAAAACCUACAGAAGACAUGGAGCUACGAGACAGUCGGCCUUUACCGGAGUAUCCACGGAUACCAGGAAUCCAAACAGACAGUGCUGCCUUUGCCGACAUCCUCAUGGUGUUGGAGUUCCUCCAUAACUUUGCUGAUGCCCUGGGAUACGACAAAGAGACACUGCCGUCACUGAAGGCCCUCCAGGAUGGCAUUCUGGGUAAAACGGAGGAGGACAGUGAGGACUAUGUGGCCCUUGUCACCCACCUCCUACGUUAUGCCCUCGGCGACCCUGGUGUCCCCAACCCCAAGGAGGCUGUCACCAAGCUUGGGCAGAAAAUCGUGGACAUGGAGAUCACCGACUCCAUCGUCUCCGAGGUUCUACGAAUAUUUGUCGUGGCAAGGAAUGGUGGUAGCAAUGAGAUGAGCGAAUGGUUGUCACAGUUACCCCUCGAGUCACUAGAUCACAUCAGGAAAGCUUCCAUUUUAGCAUUUCUGUGUAAUGAACUGCUUUGUGGAAAGUCCAUUUCUUCGGAGAUAGAGAAGCACUUGGACCGUAUGGGGGAUAUCCGUCGUGACAAGUGGGUUGUCGAGGGCAAGCUCCGCCGACUCCGCGUCCUACAGACUAAGAAGUUUAACCAGCCAGUUUCCAAACCUGUGUCCGACCUAGAUUCCUCAGCUCCAGGUCAAGAGGGCGAGGAGUCGCAGAACACUUCGGGCAUCAACAAGCGCUGUAGUGACGAUGAAGAAGAAAAAGAGGAGGAGAGUGGUAACGACAGUGAUGAUGACGCCCAGUCAGGCUGUCAAGAGACGGACGUGGAUGAGGAAGAACCAUUGUCGGUAGAGGAAUGUGAUAAACAGAUUGAAAAGUUACAAAAGCAACAUGCUCAGUACCGAGCAAAAGUGUUCAAGUCUUCCCACAAACUACGUGCAAUACUGGUUGGCUCGGACCGAUAUCGACGCAAGUACUGGGUACUGCCAUGCGCCGGCGGAGUCUACGUGGAAGGCCUGGAGACGGGCAAGUCCGUGGAGGACGAGGAUCUAAACGAGGAAACGAAAGAACUCAAGGAGGAGAAAGUUGAAAUAAAAAUGGAAGAUGAAAAAAUAAAAGAGGAAGAAAAAAUGGAUUGUGAAAGUUCUAAAUUAAGUGGAAGUAGCGUUAAGGAGGAAACGGGUCUAGAAGAAACGACGACAAUCAAGUCGGAGGAACAAGACAUUAAAAAGGAAGUGGCUGUUGUGAAAUCAGAACGAAAGGAGGACCGUAACGUUUGGGACACCGUCAAGGAGGAAGGCUUGGAUAAAAGCUGUCCUCUCUCAACACCAACUAAGAUGGAGCUUGAUGAGGAAAAGGUGGAUUGUAAGUCGGAGACUGGGGAGGCAGCUAUUGUGACAUCGGCGUUAUUUCCUACCUCAUGGAAAAUGGACAAACACAAGCAGACGACUUGUAAUGGGGAGAUAACUCCUUCUACCUCUGUGUGCAAUAAUAAAUUGGACUCGUCUCUUAACAGUUCUGGGAAUAUAUUUCUACAGUCGCCAUCAUCCUCUAAACUCAGUGACUUGUGUAGUAAUGUGAGUGCUUCUUCUGCCAUAUCGCCCUCCAAGAGUGACAGUAAAAGUGACGAUUCUAAAUCGGUUGUGAACAACAGCUUGCUUACCUCCCCUUCACCUCUGAUCACGCCAUAUUCAUCAGCACCUUCACUGUUUUUCCCCCCAUUCAGUCCAUCCCUGAACAGUGCCCUGGGUUCCAAUGCCUCAACCCCGAGCCUGUCCCCCGGGGGAUCCAGUCCCCGCCCUGCUCACCAGCACCAUAAGAGCAGCACCCCGUCCCACACCGAGGGCAAAUCCAGUUUCCUCAGCAUUGACACGCUACUGAAGAAGGACCACUCUCACUUGACCAACCAGAACAAUCACUUCCUCCAGAGCCCUCUUUUUCCAGUCUCCCCAGAUCAGAUGAUCCAAACCUUAGGCUCCUCACCAGAAGGUAGCGAACAAAAACCAUGGUUCAGCAUCUUACCCAGAAUGCCUUGUGAUGACCUCAGUAUGACUCAGGGAGGCUCGCCCCAGGUUGGCCUGAGUACGAGUCCGUUCUCAGGGGCGUCACCGUUUUUCUCGCCCAUGUCCCUGCGUGCCUUCCCCCUCCACAACCCUUCCUUUUCCUCAUUCCAGAUGGGUCAACUUUACAGUCCCAACAACUACAGUGCCACCACAGCCUACAGCGACACAAGCUGUGAUUCACCCUCGAAACUUAACGAAUCCUCCUUCAAGGUGCCUCACACACCCAAAAUGGAGGCAGAUAUGUGGGCCAUAGGGGCCCAGCAGCAGGAGUCUGCUGAGGCCAUCCUCAAGGAUCUCCAGGGAGAAAGGCAGCCCAUACCAGAAGAAAUGAAGAAAAGUUGGUGGCGGGUAACAGAACCCGAGCAGCUGAGGACGUUACAGCGUUACUGCCAUCCUCGUGGAGUCCGUGAGAAGAAUCUCCAGAAGUCCUUCCAGAAAUUCAUGGACUACGCCUGUGACUCCUGCACCAAGGGUAACAAGGAAAUUGUAUCCCUCGAGUCUGACUCCUCAGAAGAGGAGGAAGAGGAGGAGGAGGAGGAGGAAGAAGAAGAAGAAACAGAAGAGAAGAAAGAUGAAAACAACCAGGAAAAGAAGAAGGAAGAAAAGGACGAAAAGAAAGCUGAAGACGAGGAAAAAUCGAAGAAGAAGAAAACAAAGGAGGAGCUGCCGCCGCCACAGAAGGAAUGGUUACCAGAAAUUGCCCACCAGGUGGAGCUUUCACUCCUGGAAGAAGUGGAGAAUCUGGUGGAACGCGUAGCUUCAGCAAGUCUACAGGUCAAGGGAUGGAAGGUGCCGAGCCGAGUUGAGGACGAUUCAGACCUGACCGUUGUGGACAGGACCAAGACGGACCUCAAGGAAAACGAACGCUAUCCACUGGACGCUGCUAGAGAGAAGCUGCUGAGUCUGGAGCCGAACAUUGAACGUCGCUAUAUCAAACCCCCACUCACAAAGGCAGUCACAAUCAACCUGGCCAGUCUGGCCGAACACUCCCGGUCUGAGCGACGGAACAGCCACACGCAGGAGGAGGACGACGACAACGAUUCUGUGAACCAGGAUACGCCUGAGCGACCUGAGGAUGUGCCACCAGGUCUAGCUAUGUGGCGGUCAGCCGUUGCCAAGGCAACCUCGUCAGCACAGCUGACCUUGUGUGUUCGUCAACUCAGCACCUCGAUCUCCUGGGAAAAAUCCAUCAUGAAAGUGCUUUGUCAGAUCUGCCGUAAGGAUGACAACGAGGCUGAACUGUUGCUAUGUGACGGCUGUGACCAGGGUUACCAUACCUACUGCUUCAAGCCCAAGAUGGACAUGAUCCCUGAUGGCGACUGGUACUGUUAUGAGUGCAUAUCAAAGGCGUCUGGUGUGCCGUGUUGUAUUGUGUGUGGAAAGAAGACUGGUAAGAUCGCAGAGUGCCAUCACUGUCCUCGAGCCAUCCACCUCGACUGUCUUGACCCACCCCUACCUCGCAUGCCCAGGAAAUGGGUGUGUCCAGCCUGUUCAUCCAAUAUGAAUGGACGAAAACGAACAAGGAAAAGCCCGAAAAGUCCGAAGAAACUGGACAUCGGUAACACCACUCCUGCACAAAGGCGUGACUCUGACGCAUCAACGAAACAGGUGGAGAUGCCGGCAUCGGAAAAGAAACGAAACAACAACAAGGAAAAUGAGAGGAAGAAGGCAGCAGCAGAGCAGUCAGAUGAUAUGACGUUGUGCAGGUUGGUUCUGACAGAAAUGGAAAAGCAUGAAGAUGGCUGGCCAUUCCUAAAACCUGUUAACUUCAAACAGUUCCCAACGUACCGUAAAUAUAUCAAACAGCCCAUGGACUUCAGUACAAUAAAAAACAAGCUCAGGGACUCUGUGUACAAGUCAAGGGCAGAAUUUGCAGCUGAUUGUAGACUCAUAUUUGAAAACUGUAAAACUUUUAAUGAGGACGAGUCUGAGGUCGGUCGAGGGGGACACACACUGCGGAAAUUCUUUGAAUCCCGAUGGAAAGAACUUAUAUUGCACUCAUCGACAGUUUCAUCAAAUACUUCAUCAGCAUCAACUUCAUCAGCAUCUCCAUCACCAGCAGUGACUGUAUCAUCAUCUAGUUCAUCGUCUGUGACCUCAGUUAGUUCAUCAUCAACAGUGGUGCCACCUUUAUCCAGCCACUCUCCUCCAGGGACUGUAAUUGGAGCAUCUGUGUCGGAAACAGCGACUGAGGAGGAUAAUUGAGUCUUGUGUUUAUUCGUGGGAUGUAGCAAAGUGCAUUUACCCUAACGGACGUCUAUCAAACUUAGGAAUCGCUUCACCAAGUCUUAAACUAAGGAAACCAAAUUAUGACUACUUUCAAACCUAUGGCAAUGCAAUCUGGAUGUUCGUUAAUUUAAAUCAUAUAUAUUGAUGAAACUUUCAGUAUAACAUGAAACGUUUGCAUGUACAUGUACCUACUUUCAGGGUUUCCCAUUUUCAAAUAAUUUUGCUGGUACAAUCUUGCAUGGUAAGCAGUAAAAUACAUGAUGUGUUGUAUACCAACACGUGUGGUAAAGCAAGCUGAACUUUUGUAAUUAAACCAUAUUUUAGUCAAUUAUGGUAAGUCAGUGUUUACAAGUUAAAUAAAACAUCUGAUAAAAUUAAAAACAAUUGAGAUCCAUGAGAAAAGAUGAAAAAACAAAGAUAAAACAACUAACUUAAAACUAGCAGAUUUCACCCUCCGAUUGAAGAAUGAAAGCUACAGGUAUCAAGUUGGUGGCUAUAUCUUAUUUAUACUGUCCUGAAAGAUCCUGUACAGUAAAACCUUACUGCUAUAUUUUUGUCCAGUCAAAUUUUGGCAAUAUAAAGAGAGUAGGUAAUAAUAAUAUAUUAAGUGAAACAUUUAACUCAUUCACCCCUGAAAUUUCAUAAUGAACUAUUCCAACUUUUGAAUUGGAAGAGUUCAAAGGUGUCUUUAGAGGUAAAUGAGUUUUAAAAUGUUUUUAAGAGAGAAAAAAAGGUUAUAUUGAGGUAUGUUCAAUUUAGUCUAGGUGGUAGAUGGUUUUAUUGCUUAAUGGAUUUGAACACCAGAAAAAACAUCAAUGGUAGAGUGCAUGAUCGGUGUAACCGUUUGUCUGUGUGACGAACUAAUUCAGGAACGUCGAGUCAUUAUUAGAAUUGCCUUGUGUAUGAAUGAAAAAACAUUCACAAACACUAAUUUUGAUGUAGAGGACUAAAAGAAUUCAGGGUAUAUGUAGAAAUGUGUCUGUCAAUGUUUUUUUGCCCUAAUUGUCAUCCAUCUGUAGAUUUAUAUUGUUAAUUAAAUAUUGCUGGUCACAAUGAUCGAGGAUUGUAGACGUACAGUCAUAUUCUCUCAACUUUGCAUUUCAACGACCGGCUUUGAUGUGUUCACAGAUUAUUGUUGGGAUAAUAUGAAAAACUCGCCCAAAAUUACACUUUACCUUCCUCCAAAUUUGAAUUUUUUGUAUGCGCAUUGUUUUUACCGUUAUUUGACCUUGUUUUUAAGUUAAGUUCAAAACUGCAACUGCCAUCCUUACAAACACCUACCUAACUUACCUCUGUCCUUGCAAUGUAUCAUAAGAUUGUGCCAUUCCCAUCAUCAACUUAUUCACCCCUAACUUUUCAUAAUGAACUCUUCCGGCCUUUGAAUUUGAAGAGUUCAAAUGUGUAUCUUCAGGGGUGAGUGAGUUCAGUCGGUCGUAAAUUUGUUAAAUGUAUCUGGUCUCUUUCAGUGUUUUCUCUCGAGGAUUUAACAAAAGUAAAAAUAAGUUGUGUAUGUGUGAGUGGGUGUAUGUGUAACACUUUAUGUAUUUGCUCUAUUGACACACCUUUGAAUCUACAUGUACAACCUCUCAGGACAACUGCAACGCCCUAGUGGUCAAAAUGUGACCUUAGCCGCCACAGGUCAAGUCAAACUGUAGCCCCUAAACGUCCAGAACUACGGUACUUAAUACCGUCUUUUUUUUUCCUCCUUAAAGAAACUUUUCAGGUUUGUCGUAAUUUUUGUGAUAAUUUGUAUAGGUUAUAACUCCUGUCCAAUGCACGCAGUGUGCAAUUUAUUUAUUAUUAUAUUAAUACAAAUAUUUAUGUCUGUUGGAUCAUUGUCAUUAGGAAUCUCACCAUAGUUCUGGCUGUAUCAUAGCGCUUUUAUUUAUGUGGGCACAUGUGUGAGUCAAUAUAUAUAUAUAUGAUUAUCUAUACCUAAAAAUGUGCAAUUUUUUUUAAGCAACUGUGAAAAAAUCAAUUUGCAUAUGAAUGUACACAAGUUUUCAUUUAUGUUGUAGACGGACCAGUAGCACCAAGUUGUUGGUCAAUAUAUCUCUUGUAGUUUGGAUAUUGCUUUUGUUUUCUUGAAAGGCUAAAAUUGAAUGUUAUGAUCUAUUAUCUACACAAGCGCCAUAGGUCUGAAGGCUUAUUACACGUCUGCAGAUAAAGGAUGGACUUUGUAAAAUGCAUUGGAUAAAUAAAGUUAAGCUAAACUGAAAAUGAUAGCAGAUCCCCUGGUUCCCCGAAACUAAAAUGUCAAUUUUAGAGUUAAGGAUACCUGUUAUUUUACUUAUCAUGUCCUAUCUGAAGAGUUCCAACAUAAUAAGAUACUGUGAUAUAUGACUAAAUGUCUAUCACAGUGUUGGUAUACAUGUACAGGAAACAUACACAAGUAUAUAUGUCAACAAUCACUCUCAAUUCAAGCUUUCAGGCUUAUGAACAGCAAGACUGAAUUUGUUAAAUUUGGAUGGCUUGUUUUUAAACCGCUCACUAAAAGACUUCCGUUGAUAACAAUUAGCAAAUCAUGAAAAAAUGUUGAUUGAAUGUAAUUCAUGGCAGAAAACUCCUUAAAAAAAUAAAGCAAAGGUAAACUGUAUGGUGGUUUUAUCCUUAAAUUUUGACUGGAAAGUGAUCAUACAAGAAAGUACGAGAAUCUAUUUGGAAUAUUUACUGACAAGUACUUUUAAUCAAGAACAUCUUGCAAAAAAAUGUGAAAAAUUUAAAACAUAGGCAUAAGAUGUGGUUUUCUUCAGUUCAGAUUAAAGUAUUUGCCUUUUCUCCAAAAAGAUCAAUAUUUAUGAAAUAAAUUGACGUCACAGAUAUUUUUAGGUUUCUGUUGUAACCUUUAAUUGAUGGCAGGUUGUAGGUAGGUAAGCAGGUAUGGAUGUGACUUUAGUUAUUGUACGUGAAAUCUGUUGUGUAUUUCCCUGUGAAACAAGGGUUGUGUAUCCUUGAUAGAUCCAUACGGACAUUUCCCUAUCUGUGUUGUAAAGUAUGACUGUGAGUGUGUGAUAUGUCUUAGAUCUCCAGUUGUCAGUGUUACCUUGGAACUCUCCUGUUUUAGAGAGGUGAAUGAUUUCAGUGGUACAAGUUGUACAGUGUAAGAGAUAUUGAGCAGGCCUACCACAAUAUAUUUAUGUAGGAUGUACACUAGAUUUGAACUACAAUUUAACACAACCAGUUUUUUUUCUGUAAAUGUCGUGAUUUUUUUUUUUAAUUUUUAAGGAGCUGAACUCGGUUAAUAAAAUAUUUUGUGAAGAAUUAUUUUUUUUGAUGGUCAGUUCAACCCACCCAACCUUCCAAGCAAUGCAACAUCGUUAGAAUUGGGAUGUUAUUGACUUUAUGCAGGUCACCUAAUGUUGUACCAAUAAGAUGAAGAACGCAUAUAACUUAAAUGCCCUUUUAAGGGUCUGUUACCGUUUUUUAUAUCGUACAAACCAUUCUGUAAUGUUAAAGUGGCAUGGGUCAAUUGUAAUUUGUUGUAAAUGUGAAACCUGAUUGUUUCCCCUGGACUUGUAAUAGAACCUUCCAGUCUGACAUUGCAGUAGGCUAAUCCGAUUGUCAUUCAUAGAGAGUCCAUUGUCGGCAACAGGGAGGCAGGUUGUCUGAUGGCAUUAUCAUGCACCAAAUUCAUCAGAAACCACAUACACACAUAGUAUAUCUAUAAAAUUGCUGGAGAUGCUGAUAAUAAUAAAGAAGUAUUUUUUAGGAAAUUAAAAUUUAUAUUUUGGCAUGAGAUGUAUAUUGUGUGGUAUUCGACUUUUACACCGUUGUGAAUAUAAAUUCUCUGUAUAUUUCUGCUGAAUCUACACGUGUGAGUGUGUGUGUGUGUGUCCAGUCUAGUUUACCACAUCAACUAGAAGCGGUGGUCAUGUGAUUAGUUCUAGCUCAGUAGGACCUUAUACAAAUGAUUCCUUUGUGUUCUUAUCAAUACAUAUAUAAAUGUGGCUUAAGAAUGUAUGUUGGCUCUCCGUGUGGUGAAAACUAAUUUUAGAUGUGGUAGUAUCUGUUUAACAUUAACUGUUGAUCUGUACUCUUAAGCAUUAAAAAUUUGUGAAAUUUGAUAAAACAGAAUAAAAAUAACAAAAGAUGUUGAUGGAACAUGUA